AUGCUCUCUAAAAUUACCCCCCUCGCGUGGGGGAACCAGAACGGUUUUUGCGAGUACGAACAGUGGGAUGGCGGACAUCUGCAUUGGGGCUUACUGCUUAUACCCUCUGAGUCGGGAUACUCAGAAGGAGCUUUGGUGUUGCUGGCAGGAGCAGUGGUGUUGCUGGCAGGAGCAGUGGUGUUGCUGGCACGUGCUGUGGCGUUGCUGGCAGGAGCAGUGGUGUUGCUGGCACGAGCAGUGGUGUUGCUGAGAGGAGCUGUGGUGUUGCUGGCAGGAGCUGUGGUGUUGCUGGCAGGGGCUGUGCUGUUGCUGGCAGGAGCAGUGGUGUUGCUGGCACGAGCAGUGGUGUUGCUGGCAGGAGUUGUGGUGUUGCUGGCAGGAGCUGUGGUGUUGCUGGCAGGAGCUGUGGUGUUGCUGGCAGGAGCUGUGGUGUUGCUGGCAGGAGCUGUGGUGUUGCUGAGAGGAGCAGUGGUGUUGCUGGCAGGAGCUGUGGUGUUGCUGGCAGGAGCUGUGGUGUUGCUGGCAGGAGCUGUGGUGUUGCUGGCAGGAGCUGUGGUGUUGCUGAGAGGAGCUGUGGUGUUGCUGAAAGGAGCUGUGGUGUUGCUGGCAGGAGCUGUGGUGUUGCUGGCAGGAGCUGUGGUGUUGCUGGCAGGAGCUGUGGUGUUGCUGGCAGGAGCAGUGCUGUUGCUGACAGGGGCUGUGCUGUUGCUGGCAGGAGCUGUGGUGUUGCUGGCAGGAGCUGUGGUGUUGCUGGCAUGA